ACAAUUUUAUCGAAAACGGGACAUGUAUAACGUGUUCGUCAUAGGCUGAAAAACUUGGAAGACGAGCGCCAUCGUAAACUGGAGAAAUUGCGGGGGUGGGAUAGAGAUAUGGCUGAUGCAGUCGUGUGGCUUCGUAACCACCAGGACAAGUUCAAGAUGGAGGUGUUUGAGCCCCCCAUGAUAUGUUGCACCGUUCCGGAUCGACGCUAUACCGAUGCUAUAGAGGCAUGCUUUAAUCAGGAUCAGCUCAAGAUCCUUGUUACGCAAUGCGAGGAAGAUUAUGCUGCCCUCAAUAACUACUUGAAUGACAGUGAACAAGCCGGGCUCCGAAAGGGCGCGCGUAUCAACAUCUGGUUCAGACCCAAGGUGGACCUGAUCCCUCCUCCCAUGAAUGAGGCAGAGUUGAAGGCACUUGGUUUUGAUGAUUAUGCGAUCAACAAGAUUGAGUGCCCUGACGGCCUUCUGUGGUUUCUCACGCGAGAGGUCAAUUUGCAUCGCACCGCUAUUGGUUUGGAUGCUUCUAAGGUCGAUGUAAACGCUGCCAUGGAAGCUGUUUCUCGAGAUGGUGGCGGGGCAAAGUUCAUCGCGGGAAGGGUGAUGAACACGGUUUCACGAUCUCGGUAUGGAAAACGAGCAGCUGCGAACAUGACGAAGGACCUCCGUCCAGCUCGGAAUCUUGUCAACAGCACGAGUAGGUGGUUCGUCAUUGCACCUUCUUGUGGAGUAUAUUUACAGGGAUGCAGUCGACCCUGAGAUCAAAAAGAGACUCGAUCAGACUAUCCAGGAGGCCAGGCAGGCUCUUGAAGUCAUCAACGAAGAUGCAAAUAACCUCGCGGCAGAGGAGCGUGAGAUCAGGUCCGAGGAAGCACGUUUCAAGAAGACAUUUGUAUGUCAUUUUUGUACUGGUUGGAA